AUGUCUCUGUGGGAAAAGGUCAGGGACAAGACCGCCGUCGAGGCGUGGGCGUGGGCGGUAAGCGCCAACUCGGUAGUUGACUCCGGGCUUGCGCGGCGACAGCGACGACUGCUGAGCAGGAUGCGACGACGUCAGAGAAGAUUACGAUGGGACUUACCAGAGAUACCAGGAGUUGCUUGGAUGGUUGUUGAUGGCUGCGAGAAUGGAAGAAUGUGA